AUGAAAUAAAUCUAUUAAAGAAAAAAGAUUAGUACUAGAUUUAAACUAUAUAUUCAAAUGUACUCAGAUUACAUUACAACGAAUUUUGUUUUUAAUCUUUAUAAUGAUAAACUUGAAUUUCCUCUUAAUUCUUCAGUGUUGUAUGUUGAAUUUUACUUGAGAAAUUGA